AUGGAAAACAUAACCGUUGUUUUAUUGGGAUUACUGGUCUGCGUGAUUGAAAUUGGUAAAUGAUUUAAUUAUAUGCACAUUUAAAAUUUAAAAUUUAAUUAUUAUAUACGCUGUAUAAAAUGGAAAAUUUAAUCCUUUCGAUCCUUAAUUUUAUUCGCCUGAUGGGUAGGCUCACUAGUGUAGAAGUGAAAUUAGAAAGUAGUUUCUUUACAUAUUGUAGGAUAAAAAUAUAAAUAAUCGCAAACAAAAAACUAUUCUGAGUAGAGAAGAGUGAGAGCUAGAUUAAUAAUGUUUUGUUGCUAAAUUUUAAUUGAAAAUUCAUUAAUUAUAAUAAACUAGAUUAAUUGUUUUUUCCCUGUUACUUACGUGAAAUGGUUUUGCAACGGUAGUUGGUAAUGCAAACUCGGUUUUCAACAUGUGAUCUCUGGGACGACAACAUGUACGUAGGUACCACUACUAGACAUAUUAUAAAAUUGACAAUAUUGAGUAAUUUAACAUUACACAUAUAAUAUUCGUAUAAUAUCAAACUUAAAAAAACUAUAAUUUCAAAAUUAAGUCAGUCCCCGCAAUUCUGAUUUCAUCAUCGUGAUGGUUUAAAUUUAACCUUGUUAGGUACCAAAUUGAUUUUUAUAAAUAUAUAUUAAUUAAUUUAUAUACUAGUUAAUAGGCGUUUGUUUAAAAAUCAUGUUACUAAAUUUGUAAUUAGGUAUACCUAUACAUUGUGUAAUCGUUAGUUGAAAGCAUUAUAUAAAUUCAUAUAUCUAUUAAAUAAAUUUGAAUUUUUUUUUAAUGGGUUACAAACCUCGUUAUAAAAUUAAUAAACUAGUUAAACUAUUUUUAUGUGAUUUAAUUUCACGCAAGUACGUAACAAACUGCAUAAUUUUUUCAGAUUCUGAGUAGAGCGAGGAAUGUAUUGGUUUUGCAAUGAUCUUAUUUUUAAAUUUUUUUUUUUAAUGUGAACACUUUUUAUACUAGAAAGCAUACUCCGAUUAUUAAGUAUAUCACCUUUUUUGGAAAGAAAUGUUCUUUGGGUUGUAUUUUAAAGAGGUCAUUUUUUUCUCAAUUUUAAUUAUCAUUAAUAUUCGAGAUAAUGAGGAAAACCGGGUUAAAAAUAAGGUUGUAACUGGCAACCGAUUUUUUUUUAUUUUUGGUUAUUAUUAAGUUUUUAUAAUUUUAAAUCUUUUUUUAAGUAAUCAUUGUUGUCAUGAAAAUACAUAUUGUUUUUCAAUAUGAUGCUCACGAUCUUAAUAAAAUUGAAAAAAAUAGGAAAACAUUAAGGUCUAAGGAACACAAUAUCACAAGCAAAACAUCUGCUAAAAAAUUUUUUGAAAAACCCUAAUAUAUAUAUAUUUUAAACUUGUGUUGCUUUUUAAUAAAGGGUAUCACUUAUUAUUUAUUUAUCUAUCUAGAUUUAUCUUAGUCAUUCUAUUUCUAGAUUUCAAAUGUUAAGUAAACUGAAUAGAUUUAGUAGAACAUAAAAUGAAACGUUUAUUAACUGGGCUCAGAGCGUUCAAAUAAUAUCUGGGAAUGUUUAAUCACUAGGUUUCAAAGUUUUUUCUUAAGAAAACUCAUUUAAAUAAGAUAAAAUUAAUCUAAUGUUUUAAUUUUCUAAUAUUCGUUUUUAAAAUAAUAAGUUUACUAAUCGGUUUGUCCAAAUUAAAUAAAUAUAUUUUAAAUGAUCAUUUUAUCAAUACAUUUUAAAACCAAAUAAAUCCUAAACUAUUCAAUAACUGGAAAGUUUGUUCACUCUAUAUUUUAAUUUUAUUAAUAUGUUUAUAUUUGACAUAAUAAAUAUCAUGACAAUAUCUUAUGUUCUCAGUUAAAUAUUAUUAUGAAAAAAUAAGAAUGCAAAUAAAAUUAUAUACUUAAGGUAUUAAACUAAUUAUUAAUUGUAAUAUUUUUCAGUUUGUCAUGCCCCAGAAAUAACCUAUGUCAACAAAUCUAUUAUCCGUAACAUAGGCGAGAUGGCUCAAUUUAGUUGUUGCAUUAUCGGAAAUUAUAAUAAUGUUCCAGUAUGUUGGUUUAAACUAAAUACUGCUAAAAUGAUAGAGCCAUUAAUGCUCUCUAAUAGUGGAAAUUUGAACAUACCAUCUGCACGCUUCACAAUACAGGCUAAUGAUAACUGUUAUAAUUUAACGGUAUUUGAAAGCUAGUUUUAUUUGACCAUCAAUUUUAUAAUAAUUGAAAUGUUUAAAAAUAAUUUUAGAUUCGUGAUAUUCAAGAAAUUGAUGACGGUGUAUAUCAGUGUGCGAUUCAGAUCGAUUUACACACAAGAUCAUCAGCCGAUAUUAUGUUAAAAGUGAAGAGAAUUCCUGUAAUAUUGUACAACUCGACGAAAUCUGUUUUUGUUACAGAAGGUUAAGAAAUUUUACACAUUAAAAUUUAAAAUAUUAGUUUUAUUUAUUCAGUUUUUUUGCGUAUUACAGGUGAACCUGUAAGCCUUGAGUGCUACGCAGAAGGGUACCCUAACCCGAAGAUUUUCUGGAAAAGAACGAACGCUGAAAUAUUACCAGCUCCAUAUGUUGGAUCAAUAUAUAGGUACAACCUACUUACAAAUUACAAUAAUAUAUUUUAGUAAUUUAAACAAUUAUAAAAUAAUGAGUUCAUUCUAAAAGAAAAAUUUAAUUUUACAGAGGAAACAUUCUACAAAUUAAGCAAGUAAACAGGAAGGAUCGAGGAACAUAUAGUUGUAUAGCUGAUAAUGGAAUUGGUCGUGGUGCCCGACAUAGUGUUGCUGUACAUGUACAAUGUGCGCCAUCCAUAACAAUUCCUAGGCCUAAAUUAGUAGAAGCAUUUGGAAAAAAUAUAAAUCUUGAAUGCCAUGUUGAUGCAUUUCCUACACCGGCCAUAAUGUGGUUCAAAAACGGAAACCAGAUAUAUGAAAAUCAUAAUAGUUACAGGUAAUUUUGUAAUUGAAUAAUCAAAUAUAAUUAAUUGUUGUAAAAUAUUGUUAAAUAUUUAAUAUUUAUAUUUAGUAUAUCCGAACGUGUAAUGACGGAUGAAAUCACAGCAGGAAUUCUAUCCUUUGUCAUUACUGCAGACAUACAUGGAGACAAAUAUGGAGACUACAUUUGUAAAGCAAUUAAUGGCCUUGGAACUGCUGAAGCUGUUAUUAAAGUGGUUCCAGUUUCUAUUUGA